ACUAAUCGAACGGCCAGCAUUGACCUACCACCAUCCCUCGUUUCAUAUCGACAACAGAAGAUCAUUCUCGGCUAACGAUUUUAUACCCAUUUGCGAUUGUUGUUGGAAAACGUAGAAGCUAUAUAAGAGAGUUGAGUUUCAGUUCGUCAAUGGCAUCUUCUGGUUGUAGUUUAAGCUUACCGACAACAGCAGCUUACAUUUCCUCGAAAACCCAGUUCGUCUUUGGCUUGAAAUCCAAGAAUUUUGUAUUGAAUUCCCGACCUUUGGCCAAACCCAAGAGGCUCUGCUUCUCUGUUCGUGCAAUGGGUUCAUAUGCUUCUUCACCGGACAGAAGUUCUCAAGAGACAGGUGUGGUUGACUAUAAAUCUAUAAGUGAUCAAGAAUGGAAGAAGCGGCUUACCCAGGAACAGUUUUACAUCACUCGUCAAAAGGGAACAGAGAGGGCUUUCACUGGGGAAUACUGGAAUACCAAAACUCAAGGAACUUACCAUUGCAUAUGUUGUGACACACCUCUAUUUGAAUCAUCUACCAAAUUUGAUAGUGGAACCGGUUGGCCAUCUUAUUACCAGCCAAUAGGAAACAAUGUGAAGUCCAAGUUAGACUUGUCAAUUAUAAUCAUGCCUCGCACGGAAGUUCUUUGUGCCGCAUGUGAUGCUCAUCUUGGCCAUGUCUUUGAUGAUGGACCACCACCCACAGGAAAGCGUUACUGUAUAAACAGUGCCUCUCUGAAACUAAAACCAGAGUAGGAAGCAAAAUCUCGCAAGAGGGUGACUCUUUUGUGCCGGCUCACCGGAGGAUUGCCAGUCGGUUACAGACGUGGACAGAACUGUUUCAUGAACUCACAAAUUCAAACUGUUAGCCAUGUUUCUUCAUGAAAAAGAAGAUGUUAGCCAUGUUUAUGAGGACCUAAAGUGUAUAUGGGCAAUUCCUAAGGCAAAAUAUACAUCUUAAUAUUAAUAUCUCAUGUAUAGAUUAGAUUGCAGGAUAUUGGCGGAAUUGCUUCUUUUAAUAUCAACAUUUUGGGCCUUC